AUGGAAUGGGAAGAAGAACAGAGCCCAGAGCAAAACUUGGUUGAUGAAGGUUUAGAUGCUGAAAUGGAGGAAGUUGCAAAAGUAGUAAAAACGCAGAAAAAGCAUUACAAUGGCUACUCCAGCGAACAAAAACUUCUUUUUGUCUAUUCCAAUAGGCUGGAAGAAUUGCUGAACGAACAGUACAUAGAUGGGCCAAGAGACUCAAAGAAAACAAAGAUUGGAACAUCUUGGAAAAACAAACCAACAAAGUCAAUAGGCCAAAGGCGCAGCUUGAUGAAAGACAUAAUGUUCAUCUACUCAAGCUUUAUGAUGAUAACUCUCAAUCCAGAAUUGUUGAUGCAGUUGUUCCGCUCAUUUCUGUUCCAUGCAUUUGACACUGAUACUGUAACCAUUAGUGAUAUAUACGCAAAUCCGGCUACAAAUAAUCCCCGUUACUGGCUCAUAUUGCAAGAUCCUGUGCGCAAUGGACAGUCUGUGGUGCUUAGCAUUAUCUAUUGA